AGAAAACAAAUAUAAGCGAAAUCAAGGACACCCUGCUGAAAUGUAAAUCCUCUCACAGUCUGCUGAUUUGACCUCGCCGAUAGGUCCCACAAAACCCCGGCAGUGGCAACAUUUUCACCAUUUGCACGUUGCACAAUUUAUGAUGAAAACGCAAGCCUGGUUUUUCCCCGACUUUGGUGAAUCGUAUAUAAGUGAUCAGAGACAAGGCAAAGGAUCAUCAGUUCGUUUGAUUGCUCAAGCAGCAACAAACACUUUCGCCAAAAAAUCGUAAUAUUUUUUUGAAUAAAAAAUCGGAGUUAAAAUGGCUAAACCAAUGCAAUUCGUUGCUCUCACGGCCGUUCUUGGCUGUUUCCUACCUACGACGGUUACGGCCACUUUCUGGGGCGAUUGGGGAAAAGUUGAGCACUGCCCUGAAGGUGAAAGGGCCACUGGAUUUUCAUUGAAAACUGAGAGAGAGCAACGACGUGGCGACGACACGGCACUCAACGCCAUUGCUCUCAUAUGUACAUCAGGAAGCAAGAUCACCUCGACUCAAGGACCAUGGGGAAAUUGGGGUGGUAGAUUUGCUUGCCAGUCCGGCAGCUACAUAACAUCGUUCCAACUUCGCGUUGAAUCGUCCCGAGGUUCCGGAGACGACACGUCGGCCAACAAUUUGAACUGCAAGUGCAGCAACGGAGAGACGUUGAACGGCGACGGGACCAGUUGGGGCGGUUGGAAGGAAUGGUCCAGUCCGUGUGAAAACGGGAUCAUGGCUAUCCAGACCCGAGUGGAGGGACACCAAGGGAAGCGAGACGACACGGCUCUCAACGACGUGCAGUUCACUUGCUUUCUCAAACGCAAUCAGAUGCUGGCGCAGGAGAUUGCGCCAAACGCAAUAGAAGCGUGAGGGGCAAAGUUUUCUUAGUCUUGUUGCUGGGCGAUUCUUAAUUAAUUUCCGUUAUUCCGAUUGAUUCAAUUUUUAAAAAUUAUUGUUACAUGUGGGAUAGAAAUAAAGUUUUCAAUGGUU